UGCUGGGGGUUGUAGUCCAGGCCUGGCCGACCUCCUCCUCCCCUUCGCUCUGUUCCGGCUCAGUCCUGCCCUUGGCUUCGCCAUGCUGCCCGUCAGCCGCUUCCUCGCCCGAGCCGUGGCCUUGGGAGCCCGGGGCCCGGCCCGGUACUACGCCGAGGCGGCCACCGCUGGAGGCCCGGCCCAGAUGGCCUUCACCUUCGCCUCGCCCUCUCAGGUUUUCUACAACGCGGCCAACGUGAAGCAAGUGGACGUUCCCACCCUGAGCGGCUCCUUCGGCAUCUUGGCCGCCCACGUCCCCACCCUGCAAGUCCUGAAACCCGGAGUCGUCACGGUCUUUGCUGAGGACGGCUCGUCCACGAAAUACUUUGUUAGCAGCGGCUCCAUCACGGUGAACGGGGACUCUUCCGUCCAACUGCUCGCUGAGGAAGUGGCGCUCCUGGACCAACUGGAUGUCGCGAUGGCUAAGUCAAACCUCGAAAAGGCCCUGUCAGAGCUGUCUGCGGCCUCAGACGAAGCGGCAAAGGCCGAAGCGCAGAUCAGCGUGGAAGCCAACGAAGCGAUUGUGAAAGCGUUGGAAUAAAGCGGGCCUCAUCUGAACCUGUCCAACUCUGGUUCCAUACGGAGGGUGUCGAGGGAGAGAGAAUGGGACCGAGAUGGGGAAAUGCCCAGAGCCUAGAAUUAGUCCAGCAAAACACCCGAAGUUUGGGAUUUGCAGAGCGCGUUCUCCGAAGAGGAGCGUGCCGUAUCACCAACUCCGCCGGAUAACUGCGUC